AGUGAGUAGAGAGGGCGGAAUGUUAUCAGUUGCAGAAGUGAAACAAGCCAGUCAACCUCUAUAAUUAAAAGUGCAGUUUUCAGUUUGAGACAAUUCGAAGGAGAAGCAGAGGGGUCCAGCAUGUUGGGCGAAGCGUUUUUGACAGUUUUGAAUUACAGAGACGACACAAAGGCAGUCGAAAUAAAGACAAAAAUAAACGGGAAAGAAGCUGAUGGCGUAGAUAAGGGCUGCAGAGGAGCGAACAUUUCAACCAAAACAGAACAGAAGGAUCUGGCAGCAGCAGGUUGUCAAAGAGAAGCACCAGUCCCUUGCCAGAGCCCCUCAGGUCUCCUCAUCCCGGGAAGGCCUCCAAACUUGACCCUUGACCCGGUGGUGGUGGACUGCAGUCUUCUAGAGCUCUACCCCGACCUCCAAGUGGCCGAUUCAGGGCCCAUCCCAGUAGCAAAGUGCACCUCUCAACCUCUCAUAUCACCUCCCAUUAACGUCCCAGUCCAACCAAAUCCCAGCCCAGACCCCAACCCGGACCAGGGGUACUUAGUGAUGGGGGGAAGCGUGAAUAUCAGCGUGGAUAUCCCAGAGCUCAGGACAAACUCAGUGCUCAACGGGAUGUUGGAGAAGAAACUGGAAGAAGUUUAUUUACAGCAUCUGACAGAAAACUUGGCAAGAUGUAACUCCAACAUAGGGAACAGUCUUCUGCAUGGUCUGGUGCAACCUCUGGAGCCCAACACACAGGAAGAAGUCAGUGUAGAAGAAGCGUCAACCUCUAGUGAGAAAACCAUCAGUUAUUUACGCACGAGUAACACAGGGCACUGCUCCACCAACUUCAGCUCCCCAGUCCUGAGGAUCUCUCAACAAGACUGACAAUACACAACAAAUAAUAAUAAUAAUAAAUAUAAUAAUAGAAAUUAGAAACACAACUGACGGAAUGAAAUGCAUAUUUUUGUUUAUUUCACACAUUUGUUUAAAUAAUGACUAUUAUGACAUAUACUGUAGCUUGAUUCCUGUAAAAUGAUGCUCUUAAACGCCACCUGCUGUUGUAAAUAAGUAUCGCAGCUGAACGUUGCCUUCAAUAUCAAAAGGAUUGUUAAAAAUAAAUAACGGUAUUAUAUGUGUACGCUAUCGCCAAGAUUGAACAAGUGCAUUAAAGGUGCAUAUUAUGCUAUUUUUUGAUCCAUGUUCAACCAUCAAAAACGUGACUUGGGUUGUGUUUUGAGUUAGUCACACAUGUUUAACACACACAUCCUGUGUAUUUAGGCUGUGUUCUUCUCUCAGAUGGAAAUCACCCUGGUCCACCUUGUGAUAUUAUGUGGUAAAAACAGAAGUGCUCCACUUUUCUUUUCUUUUUUUCUUUUUUAACUCUAUACACCUUCACUAGAAUUAUCUGGAUGAUUUUUGUCCUGGAAUUGCCAGUCUCUACAAAACACUACAUGACAUCACAAGGUGGAACAGAACAUUUUGAGCUUUGGAGAUGUAGACAAACUAAUAAUAAAAGGUUACUCAAACAUGUGGGAAUGAAGCAAAACACAUCUGUGGAUACAUUAUUGAUGAGGUAACAGUAUUAUAACUUGACUUAAAGCUCACAAGAAUCACUUUUAUGUAAUAUAGGACCUUUAAUCACAAUGAUUUGCUUGCUGUUUUGCUAUCUGUCUUUUUGACACUUAAUAAUGUAAUGAAAUAAUGUUUUCAUUAUGAAAUUAUACAGGAUGUAUGAAGAGUUUGUGUACAAAAACAUUUUAAAAAAACAAAGAUGUGACAAUUGUAAUUUCCUCUUGGAAAUGCAGUAUUUUUGACUGUGAAAUUAGUUUUGUAAAAAAAUAUAUAUAACUAUGUCUUCUUGAUCACUCAAAUGUUAUUUAUAUUACCUGCAUGUAGAAACAAAAAUAAAUGUUAAAUAAAGAUUCAUAUAUUUUACACCUCCUCGUGUAAUAAAACUCA